AUGGGAGACCUCGACCGCCACGCCCUUCAUGGCGAUGCCCUGCGAGCCACCGGCGAACCUAUCGCUCUCCCGCCAAAUACCAAUCUAACAAAGUUCAGAGCCUUCAUUUCGCGGGUGACAAGUGUUGUAGAUGAAACAAAUGUUCAAAUCAUCCUGAGCGACGAUGACAUUGCUCAGGAAGAAUAUACGGACCCCUCCAGAGCUCAUGACAUAAAUAUCGGCUAUGGCGGCACUGCCCCAAGAGUGCGCGGCAGUCUUGGUAUCGACUUGGGCAAGAACAUGAAUAGAGUGUUGAAAGUUGAUCCUCAGAGUGCCUAUGCCUUGCUCGAGACUGGGGUGUCUUACUUUGACCCUCAUGAGUAUUUGGUUACGCACAACUUGCGGGAUCAAGUGUGGGCGGACGUACCUGAUGUCGGUGGCGGUUCGGUUAUUGGGAACGCGCUCGAAAGAGGCACUGGAUAUACCCCAUAUGGUGAGCACUGGAUGAUGCACUGCGGACUGAAGGUUGUCUUGCCCGAUGGCUCACUCCGCACCGGGAUGGGCGCUUUGCCAAACCCGAAAGCGGACAAGAGCAAACCACCACAUGAACAGGAACCAAAUGAGAGCUGGCAGAUAUUUGACUGUAGCCUCGGCCCGCAUAGUGCUGGUAUAUUCUCUCAGUCCUCUCUCGGCAUCGUCGUGAAGAUGGGAAUUUUGCUUCUGCCUAACCCUGGCGGGUACCAGGCGUACAUGGUCACCUUCCCCAGGGACAAUGACUUGAAUCAGAUCGUGGAGAUACUCCGACCUUUGAGAAUCUCCGGGGUAAUUCAGAACACACCCAAGCUGGAUAACGUCCUGGUUACCGCGGCCGUCCAGAGUCACCGCACCGAAUACACCACUUCCAACAAACCCCUAACUGACUGCCAGUUAGAUGAGGUCGCCAAAAAGCUCAGUGUCGGUCGCUGGAAUCUCUACGGAGCGAUGUACGGCCCACCCGUCAUUCGUGACGCUCUCUGGUCCGUCAUCAACGCAUCCUUUAGCAAGAUUCAUGGCGCCAAGUUCUAUUUCCCCGAAGAUCGUCCCACCGACACCGUUCUACAAACUCGAAGCAAUACAAUGCAAGGUAUCCCAUCCACAACCGAGCUUGGAUUGCUAUCCUGGCUCCCCAACGGCGGACAUCUGUUCUUCUCUCCGAUCGCCAAAGUAACUGGCCCCGAUGCCAACGCACAGUACGGCCUCACCCGCCGCUUAAGCGAGGAGUACCGAUUCGACUUUAUUGGGGUGUUCAUCAUCGGGGCUCGUGAGAUGCACCACAUCGUCUGCAUCCUGUUUGAUCGGAAAGAUCCCGAUGCAAGACGUCGAGCCCAUAAGCUUAUUCAGGUCCUGAUCGCCGAGGCGGCGGAUCGGGGACUUAACAACUUCAAUGAGAAUGCGCAGAUGAAGUUGAACGAGAAGUUGAAGAACACGCUCGACCCGAAGGGGAUCCUGUGUCCAGGAAAAUAUGGUAUCUGGCCUGCUAAUUACCGGAAGGAGGAUUGGAGCCUACAUAAACCAUAACAUUAUUCAAACCAAUAUGCAUACAUACGCAAGGUUCAUGUGCAUAAUACAUAUUGAAGACUAGCAGAAGCUAGUUACUUCAAGUUGCUGCUAAAGACCCUGGAUAGUCCGACGGGCCGAACCGAUCCGCCAAAUCAGAACCUCCCAUGGCACCGUUGGCACUUGGCAGCAGCAACAGAAAGCCGGUUUCUGUCGAAGAUUGGAACAAGGAAAAUUAAUUCUUUUUAGUGCAUCUGAAAC